AUAACUUACCAUCGUCGUCAACAUCAACAACUACAACCUCUGAUAGGACAUUAUUUCCGUCAAAUGGACCUGAUAGUUUUGAGGGACCGGAGAAAUUGCUUGAAAUUUGGUUUGAACCUUCACUAGAUUAUAUAGUUAAGGGUGAUACAUCGACGAACAUUGGAUUACGCUCUGUUGAUAGAAAAAUAUGGGAUGAUAUGUUAAAUAUUGUUAAGUGUAAAAUAAUAAACAUGAUUGAAAAUGACCAUGUGGAUGCUUAUCUAUUAAGCGAAUCUUCAAUGUUUGUAUAUCAACACAAAAUUAUUCUGAAAACGUGUGGAACAACAACUCUUCUCGUGGCUAUACCUCGUCUUUUGGAAAUCGCAUCCGAGUAUUGUCAAUUUCAUAGGGUUUGGAGAGUAUUUUAUUCUCGGAAGAGUUUUAUGUUUCCUGAACGGCAAUUACAUCCGCAUAAUGAUUGGAAAGAUGAGGUUGCUUACUUGGAACAACUUUUCGAUAAUGGCAGUGCUUAUACGGUUGGAAGGGUCAAUGGCGAUCAUUGGUUCUUGUAUUUGACGUCACCACAAAAUGACAUCAUUUCCGAUAACGACAAUAUUUCAUCACGAUUAGACGUUAAUGUUGAAGAUCAAUGUGCAACUAACGACUUGGACGAUCAGACAGUCGAAGUAUUAAUGACUGAACUAAGUCCAAAAAAGAUGAAAAAAUUUUAUUGUAACAAUACGGAUAAUGAUUCAGGAACCGAAGGUGGUGCACGAGUAGACAGAGAAACAGGUUUGAAAAAUCUUUAUCCCUCGGCAAAAUUGGAUUCUUUCCUAUUCAAACCUUGUGGAUAUUCGGCGAAUGGCUUGCUUGAAGAUAGCUAUUUUACUAUCCAUGUUACCCCUGAACAAAGUUGUUCUUAUGCGUCAUUUGAAACCAAUAUUCCGUUAGCACAUGGAACUAUUUCCGAGAUCAUUAACCAAAUGAUAUCUAUUUUUGAACCUGGUAAAUUCAGUGUAACCGUUUUUAAGACUCAAGGAUGUAACGUUGACAAAAAGCAUCUUGUCAAUUCUUUGAGUAAUAUUGAAGGCUAUGUUCGUAGAGACAGGAUUCUUUACGAUUUUGAUGGUUAUGAUUUGGUCUUUGGACAUUUUGAAAAACGAGACAUGUGA